AACACAGUGGGUUUUGUCGUUUGACAGCAAGGGCUUGCUUCCCUGGAAAAAAAGAAAACAAAGAUGAAGGAUCUUAUUAGCAGCGAUGGAGUAGAAGAGAUAACAAUGGAGGUGUUAAGCUGAAGGGCCAUCCGCUUUAACACUAUCUGUGGGUGUUUUUUUUUUUUUUUUUUAAGCAAAGAGCCUUCUUUCGUUGAAUGUCAGAGGGAUUGCAGAUGGAUGUCUGUGCCUUAGUUAGGUGUCCCCGAAUUGUUGUUGUUAGCCGUUAACGCUAACGGUAGAAGUUACGAGCUAGCUGGGCUAGCAAGAGAGAAAAAAUAACAAGUGACUUUUGUUUGAUUUGACCUGCUCGGAGGUCCCCGGUGAGUAAACCGUGUUCCGUUCAGCUAAUGGGGACAACUAACCUUGAUGGGAGUAGCUCUAGAACUGUGACUUUAGCUGAGCUUUCCAAGUACCUAUCGCUUUAGGUUACUUUAGCUUCCCAGAUAGCCACCACUGUUCCUUGGAAGAAUGAGCAGAAAACACCAUCGCAUAAAGGGAGCCGAAGUCAGCUGCUGCGUUAAAUACUUCUUAUUUGGAUUCAACAUUAUAUUUUGGUUGCUAGGAGCAGCAUUCUUGGGUAUAGGCCUGUGGGCAUGGGCGGAGAAGGGCGUGCUGUCAAAUCUGUCGUCGAUCACUGACCUCGGGGGCUUUGACCCCGUGUGGCUCUUCAUCGUCGUGGGAGGGGUCAUGUUCGUCCUGGGCUUCGCCGGCUGCAUCGGAGCCCUCAGAGAGAACACCUUACUGCUUAAAUUUUUCUCUGUGUUCCUGGGUUUGAUCUUCUUCCUGGAGCUGACUGCAGGGAUCCUUGCCUUUGUCUUCAAGGACUGGAUCAAAGACCAGCUGAACUUUUUCAUCAACAAUAACAUCAAGGCGUAUCGCGAUGACAUCGACUUGCAGAAUCUCAUUGACUUCGCCCAGGAAUAUUGGUCGUGCUGUGGAGCUCAUGGGCCUGACGACUGGAACCAGAACAUCUACUUCAACUGCACUGACAAGAAUCCCAGUAGAGAGCGCUGUGGAGUCCCCUUCUCCUGUUGUGUCAAAGAUCCUGCCGAGGAUGUCAUCAACACGCAGUGUGGUUAUGAUAUCCGGCUUCAAGGGGAUCUGGACCGGCAGAAAGACAUCUACACCAAGGGGUGUGUGGGGCAGUUUGAGAAGUGGCUUCAGGACAACCUGAUAAUUGUAGCUGGGAUCUUUGUUGGUAUUGCACUUUUGCAGAUUUUUGGCAUCUGCCUCGCUCAGAACCUGAUGAGUGAUGUCAAGGCUGUCAAAGCCAGCUGGUGACAUGAGCCCCAUCCCGCACGCCCAGCCAGGUCAUUGCAGCACACUUAGUACCAUCCAGAUAUGGAUGGAGAGACAACAUACUUGCAAACGUACAGUCAAAAAAGUUUAUUUUCCUGUUCUUCAGUGACACUUGAAAUGGGGAAGGAACAUAUUCAAUGCAAACCAAACAGCACAGAGUUUAACCCAAAUAUAAAAGAAGACAGAGCUGCCUACUUGAGAGUGGAUUUAAAAAUUUUUGUUUUUGUUCUUUGGACAAAUGUAUUUAUGCCACACGGUUGCACAAAGGCCCUCUUGUCAGCUGGGAAGCCAUGGACGGAAGUAAGGUGAUGAAAACAAUAAACCAAGGAAAAUUGACAGUUUCCUUUUACAGUUCAAGCAUCAAAGACUUUAUUCAAAUGUAAAAAAGUGCCAUUACUUUCCUGUGUUUGUGUCCUAUAUUAAAUUUAUCCUGUCUGCCCCCCUAAUACCUCAGGACCUGGCCAAUGAUAUGUUCUUUCUGCCACCAGGUGAAGGUAAAUCUUUAUUUUCACCCCAUCAGUGUCAGCUAUAGAUAGAUGAAGCAACUGAAUGCAGUAAAGCAGGGCAGUUCUUUGGAUGAUACCUUGUUUGCCCUUUAGCGAUUGUAACAUUUGUUGAUUCUCUGAUGGAGGUUUAUUUUAUUAGAGUUGCUUGGUCUGGUUAAAACCUGUAGGUCAGUGCCAUAUAAGGAAAGGGGUUUAAUGCUAGAGAUUGUUGGUUAUAUCUGAGCAUCCUUUUGGGAUGUGGGAUUACUGGUUUGGGGCCUUUUGUUCUUGAUUUAUUUACCACUUUUGUCUUAUAAUCUGUCCUCUGCAUUAAUAUUUGUUGUUUGAAGACAUCUUUUAUUCAUGCUUUAUUUUGUGUCCACUUACAGAUGCUUAUAUUCCUAAGUCAUUGUUUGAUUUCAAGAGGCGCCAACUGCAAAAUUGCUUCUAUUUGUUGGUGUUACCAAUCCUUAUGGAGACCAAAUGGUACCAGCUGACCACUAGAGAUUUCAUCUGGAGUGCAAAUGCCAUUUUAGAAAGUCGGAAUGUGAAUUUAUUUCCCCUUCUGUUGGAAGUGCCAGUUGAACAAAGAAAUCAAACAAAGAUUAAAUAUUAAAAUUUACAUUUAUCUUUAAUUCAGUUGUUGCAUCAUUUUGUCUAAAAGAAAUGUUAAAUAAAAUUGUUAAUACAUGCUGUUCUCACUUUAACAUGAAUGCUGCUUUAACUUUUACUAGCUACUCAGUGCAGUAACCCAUCUAGUGAGAGAUCUCACACAACAGAUUUGGAAAGAAUCUUUCGUUUCUGGAUGUUUCCUCGGCUAAUGUUGUCUUGUUUUUAAGUUGUUUGGCUCUUACGAGUUGACUUUGCAUGUCUUGCUAUCCAGUUGUGAGCACAGUUUCAGUUAUAACCUGGUCAUUUGAUAAUGGUGUACUUUAUUUGCAGUGUUUAACUAUUGUCUCUGGUUGUAACAGUGUCAUUCUGAUACAUGGCAUAAACAGGAUCUGCUGCAUACACAUGCAUACUUAGGUUUUGAAUGCUAUGCACACACACCUGAAAGAUGAGAGGCAUUCAUAUUCUGGGUACACAACCACAAAACUUUCCUGCUCCACUGAGUCCGUCUGUUGAAUAAAUAUCUUAGCACCUUUUGAUCCUCUGCUGCAUGUACCUGUCACAUGUUGCUUUCGCCCACGUGCUCCUUUACUUCAAACCGCCACCCGAUCAGAGAACGUCGGAUUUGCAGCCUGCAAUGUUGAUGUAUUUUUAAACAGUGGAGAGAAAGACGGAAAGACACAAAACAAAACAGUUUCUUGAAUUUGGAUGUCACAGAUCCUCGAGUGGGACGACAUCAGGUUUUAAUGACUUCUCUCAGUUAAACUGAUGUUUAUCUUUGAGUAAUUAGUGAAUAAGUGCCUGCUGCAUUUUUAGAGAAAUGAUCACGAGUACAAAGGGCAUAUUUUUCUAUAAUGUUUUAUUUGCCUUUCUUAAAGGACACGUUUCAAGGUUUUUACACAUUUUCUUUAUCAGUUGUGUUCAGGCAUGUAGCUCUGGAUAGAUAUAUUCAUUUAUAUUUAGAGAAAUAUGUAAAAAAAGAAAUAAUAAUAAUAAAUACAUGAACCAAAAAAGGUAACCACAGGUUGAUGCAAAGUCUGCCGCUCAAACCUGAGUUCAUAAUGUCAAGGUUUAUGUGGUGUUUUAUCCACUCAGGACGACGAAGUCAGGAGAAAUCUUGUCUGAAAGCAGCAGCCUGGAGACUUAACACACUGACACCACCCAAAACUAAUUCAAAACACAGCUCUAACAUCAUUUAGGUUUGAUGCUGUAAGUCCUGAUUAGCAUUGUGACUCUGAUUCACAUGGGCAUGAACCAGUGCUCCCAUUUCUUUGGUGGUUAAAAAAAAAGUCAUUGUCAGUUAAUGCUGCACAUGUUGUGGAUGGAAGGGAAGUUAAAACACCCAGUUGGUAUCUCCAGUCAAACUUUCUUGAUUUGGUUUAGACUCUGAGGGACAAUGCUGCUGCAGCUAAUUAUUAAAAACAAAUAUGCAGGGUUAAUGUUUGCAGAGCAUGGUUAUUCAUUUAUUUAAUACUGCAACUAAUAGAAGUACUAACAGGGGACACGUUUUACUUUAUAAACUUUAUGCUCACAAACAAUACUCGCAUUUUCUUCAGUGGUCUGGCUGUUGACACCUUGCUCAACAUAUCUGUCUUAAUGAUGGGACGAAGUAUGUUAUGUCUGCUUCUCUCAGCCUUUGAUUGAUGCUUCCCUUUAAUCCCAGAUUCCACCUGUUCAGAGGGAGUUUUUAGUGAGUGAGGAAAAAUCCAUCUUCUUUUCCUGUUUAAUUUCAUAAAGCUCACCCACUUUUCCAGUGUACAUUUUUUUUUUGUCAAGAAGCUGUCCAUUGUGUAAUUAUUAUUCUUGAGAGAUUUCCAGGCAGUACUGUUAAUAAACACAAUAUCGUCCAUAAAUGGAAGUGCAUAUACUGUUUUGUAUUUUUCAUUUUUUGGAUUUUAUUAGCCCAUUAAAUUUGAAAUGUGGAUUUUCUUAUUAACACCACGUAUGAAACUGGUCUUUCCCACUCUAGAUCUGAGUAAAACGUGUUCUAUGUUUUUUUUCCUCUUUUACACAUUAAUGAUUAAUUUCCCUUCACGCGAGUUAAGGCAGCUGAUAUGUUAUUUACAGCAAGGAUGAACACAUGCUUUUUUUUCUUUUUUAAUCACCUAUGAUGGCAUGUGGUGGCUCAUACCUCUCCCACUUAGACAAUGCAGGAACAUUUGGUGUCUGAUGGCAGAUGUAACUUUAUAGUGUCAGGUCUGCUGCAUUACAGAGCUCUCUUGUACAAAAAGCACUCCUGCCCUCCUUUUUCUGAAUGCGCCGAUAAUCCACCUCCCUCGGUAAUGAUAAUAACGCUGUAAUAAUUGGCAGCUGCGGUACAGCAAAUUUCAGACGCAGAGGUGACUCAGUGGUGUCUGCUGGUUUUUUAGAGCUUUGGGUUGUUCUGCUUUUGUAUUCCUUUAAUGUAGCGGAAAGCACGAGGGGAGAGAGCAAUGCUCAUUAUCCUCUGUCCUUUAUCGUUAUGGCCUUGCAUCGUGAAACACCUUCCUAAUUUCUCUGCCGUCCGUCUGGGUAAUUAAAUCAUUCCCAGGAGGAGCCUUAUGCAUACCAUGAAUGUACAUUUUACUUUAUCAGCAUGGACCUACAGCUUCAUGGUCAGUUUGAAAUCUCCUUUCUACAGUGAACAAAACAAAUGAAGUUCAGGAAUGUGAAUAAAGACCUGUGCCCAAUGAAGAUUUAACAGUUUUUUAUUUUUAUUUUUUUAUUUUAGUUUUACAUUUUAAACACUGAGGGUUUUGAAUAAUUAACACGCAUAAAACAUUUAAAUCAGCAUGUAUAACAGUAUGUGAUGGUUUUUCAACACCUUUUUUUUCUCCAUAUCUGGAAAGGUUUGAAAAUGCAUUAAUAGGUAACCGUUUCUGAUAACAUCGUCAUCUUCAUCCACCCUGUGGAUUCAGCUAUAAUGGCGGUUGAUAUGUGUAUGUCGUUUAAUUUACGAAGGUGAGCCACACAUCACACAUUGACAAGUCUUACCUCAUCGUGUGCAUUACGCUGCCCACAUCCAAGCACAGAAGCAGCUCAGCGGAUUAGUUGCUGAGCAUAUUAACAGUAGCAGUACCUCGGUUAUUAGCACUGACAUUUCUACACCACGACAUGACAUCUGAUGGGCAUACAAGUGUAAACAGAAGUUAUUUUGUUAAAUUGUCUGCGUUUGCAGAAUCCGUAGCAGAUUAUGGACACAGUUUGCAACCACCUAGCCACGCUGAAACCAUGUCUUGUUUUACAGCCGGCCAGCAAAAAUUUUCUUUUUUUGUGCAUUCAUAAGUUUUUAUUAUUUUUUUAAUUCUCUUGCUUACAGCUGAAUACUACAAAUGCAUCUGUCUGUUCCUUGGCUUCUGUACAUGCCUAUUCUGAGGUGUAGCCUUGCAAAGAAAUGUAAAUGGGUUUUUCUGGUCUGUUACACUGUAUUUUCUGUUACAACAUGGCUCUUUCAUAUAAUAAAGAAUACAUAAGACCA